AUGGCCGAUGAAAAGAGGCAACAUCCCCUCGAGAAUUUGGGACGUUCUGAUGAGAGAGAGGCAGCAGAUCACCUUCCAGUAUAUACAGCAGGGCCAACGUACCCAGCAGGGCCCUCUAUACAACCAAGCCGAUCACCACCAGUACAAGAAACCCCUUUUGAAGCAAACCGCAAACCAAUCGCAAUUCCAGCCCUCACCUCCUCCUCUGACUCUCCAUUCAUUCGCGCAUAUCCACCCAUUCUAAUGAACUUCCAACUCCCCAAGGAAUCCUUCUUCGGCUUCCUCGACCAACUGAACAAAGACAUAGCCGCCAGUCCACCCCUUCAAGUCCUGGAUGCAACAGGCGGGAUCCUGAAGUCCGUCCCGAUCCUAUUCCCGCUGCACUGGAUUGGGAACGCUUUCAGCAGACUCGCAACCCUAAGCAGCCAAGGCAUGUCCAAAAGCCGGACAGACUCCUCCAUCAAACAAGCUAAUAGGGACAUUUUCGGUCCGCGCGGCUUGAGAGUUGAAAUUGCGAAGCUGGAUGCGCUGGCACAUGUCGCGAAUUUCCCCAUGUUAGAUUCUCAGGGCAAGAUCAAUCGGCUGGCGCCUCUGUUUCAACAACUCCAGUACGAGGCAUCCAUGGCCAACGCUAGGGCUGAUGAACGGCAACAGCAGGAACUUGAUUUCCAGCAGAGGAUUAGAACUUUACAGCCCUGGAUUGCCGAGCUUGAGUUUGAGGUUUUGCCUUGGUCUUCUAAGUCUAAGUUGACGCGGUUCAACGCCUCGUUGAAGAAGCAUAAUGAUCCAAUGAAUGAGGAGAGAGGGGGCAUGGGCAGGCGAGGCCAGGUUCUCGUUCAAGAGACCAAACAGGAAGAUGCUCCAUUUAAAAAAGCUCUGUGGCUUGUGAUUCGCGAGGCUGAGACGGAUGAAAGGCGUCAGUUGCCUUAA